AUGGAAAACUCAGCACUAAGUAAUGUCGUGAGGCGAACAGUAUUCUCUAAUCAACAGAGAUCAAUACAAGAGGGUGUAGAAGAGAGUAGUUGGAAUAUGUACACUGAAACGGAAUAUGGUGUCAGCCAUUAUGAUGAUUCCUCCAUGAUCUCGGACGCUGCGUCUCCUAUAGUCUGUGUCGAAGAAGACACGGCUUCAUCUCCUUCUAAGAGAACCAAGGGUUGCAGUGAAAUGGAGGACAAAAAGAUAGAAGGAAAAACCAUGAACAAUUCUAAAACUGAGGAGAAAGGAUUGAAAAAGAGAGGGCUAAUGAAUGAGGAAUAUUGCGCAGAGUUGAAGAAGAGAGGACUUUGCUUAGUGCCUUUGUCGAUGUUGUCCAACUACAUUAGUUGA